AUGGAAUCUCUUGAAAUGUUAAUUCUUUCAGGUUGCUCAAAACUUCAAAGCUUUCCAGAGAUUGAUGGGAAAAUGGAAUGUUUGUUGGAGCUUUGUUUUGAUGGGACAAACAUUAAAGAGCUACCUUCUUCAAUCGGAAAUCUUAGAAGACUUGAAGUUUUGAAUUUAAAAGACUGUAAAAGUCUUAGGAGUCUUCCAACCAAAUUUGGAACGGAAUCUCUUGAAAAGUUAUUUCUUUCAGGUUGCUCAAAUCUUCAAAGCUUGCCAGAGAUUGAUGGGAAAAUAGAAUGUUUAUUGGAGCUUUGUUUUGAUGGGACAAACAUUAAAGAGCUACCUUCUUCAAUCGGAAAUCUUAGAAGACUUAAAGUUUUGAAUCUAAAAGACUGCAAAAGUCUUAGGAGUCUUCUAAUCAAAUUUGGAACGGAAUCUCUUAAAAAGUUAAUUCUUUCAGGUUGCUCCAAUCUUAAAAGGUUUCCAGAGAUUGAUGGCAAAAUGGAAUGCCUGCUAGAGCUCUAUUUAGAUGGGUCGGGCAUUAAAGAGCUACCUAUUUCAAUUGGAAAUCUGAGCAGUCUUGUUUUGUUAAAUUUGAAAGAUUGCAGGAACCUUGUGGAUCUCCCAGGGAGCAUAGGUGGGUGUAAAAGUUUAAAAUCUCUUAAUCUUUCUGGCUGUUAUAAAGUCGAAUAUUUGCCAGAGAAUUUGCAGCAAAUAGAAUUCUUGGAGGAGCUUGACUUAAGUGAAACAUCCAUGACAAAACCACCAUCCUUGAUUUUUCAAUUUAAAAAUCUUAAAGUUCUGUCUUUUAAUGGGAGCAAGGGAUCUUCUUCCAAGUUACAAAAAUAUCUGCCUUCUCUGUUAAAGGUAAUCCAAAGAGAAAGGACAAAUUCCAUGGCUCUGAUGUUGCCUUCGUUGUUAGGUUUGAGUUCAUUAACAAGGCUGAAUCUGAGGUACUGCAAUCUUUGUGAAGGAGAUAUUCCUGGUGAUAUUUCUCGCUUAUCCUCUAUGAAAAAACUUGAUCUUGGUGGUAACAAUUUCGUCAGCAUACCUUCGUGUCUUACUCAAUUUUCCAAGCUUCAAUUUCUUUUUUUGUCAAAUUGCAAGGCGUUUAAAUCGUUGCCUGAGCUUCCAACAUGUAUAGAGGGUGUAAGCGUAAGUGGUUGUACUUCUCUGGAAAUAAUUGCAAAUCCAUCAAAAGUUUGCAAUUCAAAGGACUGGGUAGAUAUAGUAGGUGCUAAUUGCUUCAGAUUGGCUGAGAACAUCGAUGCCUUAACAUUGCUGAAAAAGCAUCUAAAGGUAGUUGGAAAUUCAAGAAAGAAGUUUGAUAUUAUUAUACCUGGAAGUGAAAUGCCAGAAUGGUUUAGUCAACAAAGGGGUGAGUCUUCGAUUAAGAUAGAUCUGCCUCUGGAAGUUCGGAAUGAUAGUCAAUGGAUGGGAGUUGCUUUGUGCCGCAUUUUUGUCAGUGAUGAUGCUUCAAGGAAGGCGCAUGUCUCGUGUAGAGCUGUUACCCAUGGUAGAAAUUCUAGACAAGCCAAUUGCACUCAAUCUAAUUUCCAGGGUAGAUAUCCUCGAAUAGUCGAUUGUAGUGGCUUGAUUGCAAAUUUUGGUUUAGAACAGCCCAUAAUGAAGGACCAGAUUUUCAUUCGUUAUUUCUCUCGUGACAAGUUGUAUCCAAUUUCCUUGGAAGACAAAUGUGGUGAACGUGAAACCAAUAAUUUAUGGACAACAGAUUGCUUAGAUCAGGAAUGCCAUCAACUUGAGCUGUCCUUCGAAAGAGAUGACAGUGUUAAGGUGAAGAAGUGUGGUGUUAGAAUAGUGUAUGAGAGAGACUUGGAAGAAACACAAGUGCUGCAUAGUAGUCAGUGUUGUGCAAAUUUUGAAGAUAUCCAGCAACACUUUGUUGAUGAUGGAUCAAUAGGUAGCGGUUCCCUAAUAAAGCGAAAACGUAAUAUGUAUGAGGAGAUGGAUGAAGGGCCGCAACCGAAACGAAUGCAAAAAAAUUUUCAAUUCUAUAAUGGGCAGACUUGGGAAGAAGCACUAAUUGUGGCAAAUGGAGCAAAAUGGGGUGGGUGGCUAAUUAUGGUGUGGAGUAGGUGA